UGGCAAUUGAUCUUCAUGUGCCUCUGGCAUCCAUUCUCUCUCUCUAUCCCCCGCAUUUCCAUCUGUCGACUCAAUCUGACACCGAGCAAACUCGAGCGCGUUGUGUGGAGACCGCCAGUAACGGUAGUUGGAAGCUUUAUUCCCACCCGCCGUUGAUCACGCCUUGCGCGUAUAGAUACCGCAGAAAGGCGCUUGCUUCCUUGCAGCAUCUUGCAGGACGGGAGGGCGUCCGCAGAUCGAGGGGGCUGUUUCAUCUCCAUCGGUGGGCCAGUGAGUGGCACGUUCCCAGCGAGCGGCUCCGCAACGGUCAUUCCCGCGCCAACCUCCUCUUGACCCGGCCGGCGAUCCGAUCAUUCGUGCCGCCGGGCGACACAACAACCCCUCUUGACCCUAGAGAGGGAUCCAUGCGUUGAUGUCUUUUGUCGCGCAUUUAACAGUGGAAUUUUUACUUAGAUCGGAUGCCGCUGGAGAUUGAUAUUUGUUAGAAGUCGGUAUUUUGCCUGCCUUCGAAUUAUGGGUACUUCGCUGCAUCUGGAUCGCAGACACGUGCAGUCGGCGCAAACUUCCGGUCUGCAGAUGGACCCUCGAACUACUGCGGAUGCAGCUGCUCGGAGCCGUGGCCAAUUAAGCCAGGAGAAAAUACUUGACGGUUCAAUACAUAAUUCGGAUCAUAAUUUCGGUUCACGAAGCCCACGAUCCAUAUCGCCUAGGGCUAUACAGAGUACACCAAAAGUCACGGAGGAAAUACAAAUUGAGACAGCGCGAAUGGGCGCGGGUGGUCGAAUAAAUGGGCAGCAUAUGAGACAGGAUCCAUUGCUGUCUGGCGUGCAAAGCAAGGGGGCCCCGUCGACCGUUGCACCAUCAUCGUGCCCACCAAAAACUGCUGUAGGGCAAAGAGGGACAGCGGAUGGUGUGGUCAAGCCUCCAAGGGAGGCAGAUGUCAGCCCAAGGGGUAUUGAAAGGCGUCGCUCAAGAAGCAUUGGCUCUGGCACACGUGGGAGCAGGAUUGCAGCGUUAUCGGUGCACCUCCGCACUCGCCUGUCUUAUGCUGCUGCCAAGGUAGAAAAGAGUCGCAAGAGUCAAAGCGCACAGAUUCAGUUACCAUCGGGGUUUCUUUUAGAUGAUUCUCCAGGCCUUGAUGGUCCGGACGGUCGACCCCUUCGAGACGCUGCCUCGCCAGAUGGUACGACCGUCUCUGCACCAGACCCCCCUAAAACAUCUCCCAUCUAUUCUCUCAAGGGUGCUCCGCGGUUGCUUCCAGCAGGGAGCUCAGAAAAUUACUCUCAAACAAGGCAGCUUGAACCGUCAAAGUCACCAACGUCGUCGGAGUUGUCAAUUCCAAAACUCGCUCCUCCCGUCGACAUCGUCUCUGGUAGUAGCAACCGCAGACGUCCGAAUCCAAACGAACCAACCAUCCAUGGUCAUCGCACACCCAUCUCCCUUCACCGACGACAUCACUCACAGCAAGAAUUCAGCCUACAAAGGCCUUCUAUGGGCCCAGAUACCGUACUAGUACCAGGAACACCACCCCUCCGACCAACGGGAUACCCGACCAAUAUCCCAUUCAACGGGAUGUCCAGCCAGGACCGACACUCGCAGAACACCUCCAUGGAGCAGGACGCCAUUGAGACUUUAUUAUUCAUGUCUAGCCCGGGAAAUUCAGGCUACCGCUCCAACUCCCAACCCUCUCAGCAACAGAACCAUUUGCCCAGCAGCGUUGGAGCGUCGACUGGUGCAUGGACCCAGAAAUCACAGCCCAAUCAAGACAAUCGUCAAACCAUAUGUAAAAAAGAAGCGCUAGACCCGGGCCUGGAGGCUAAUGCCGGGGACGAAAUCGACCGUAUGCUCGAUCAGAUGGAAAGUGACAGCGAAGAUGAAAAGCCUUUUGCUCGAGAUAUGGCAAAGAAGGCAAUAAUCAAAAAAGAAAGCACCAGUGAUCAGGAUCGCAGGGCUUUGUCUGGGUAAAGGAAAGACCCAGACUGGUCAUUUAACAUGGGAUAAUCCGAGACCAUGUCUGAAAAUUGGGCCUGCAUUCUAUCUACCCUGGUGGCUUCCUCACAUUGCACAUAGCAUCUUCAUCUUAAAACAUUGGCGUUACAAUAUGGACAGGC